GAUCUAGACUCGUGAAGUAGUGAAAUGGACAUGUUUGACCGUUCAACAUAUUUAUGACAGUCUAUUCCAGUGGGAACAUAUUAGCCCUAGACGACGCAUUCCCAAACAAGAGCCAGCUCAGCUGAGAACAUGUCACCUAUUUGGAAUACCUUUCCAGCAAUACGGGUCUGUGAAUAUCGUGAAAAGGUAUAUAUACUGGGUAUAUCUCCAUUUCUUUCCCUAUAUUUCCCUGAAUCAUCACCAAAAAUGAAGUUCUCCGCCCUUGCUGCUAUCUCUGCCUUCUUGGCCACUUCUGCUAUCACAAACCCAGUCGUUGUUGGCACGCCAGUUGCCCAUGCUGCCCCAGUCGCCGAAGCUAUUCCUGCUGCCGAACCGGAUGCAAGAAAGCGUAAAGGUCUCCACUUUAAAUUUUGGUAAGCCGUAUACACGUCAAUCCUGA